GGGGGGGUCCGUAGGCUCGGGGGUCGCCCCGGGGUCCGGCCAUGGCCUCGGUGCCCGUGUACUGCCUGUGCCGCCUGCCCUACGACGUGACCCGCUUCAUGAUCGAGUGCGACGGCUGCCAGGACUGGUUCCAUGGCAGCUGCGUGGGGGUGGAGGAGGAGGCGGCGGCCGAGAUCGACCUGUACCACUGCCCCCAGUGCGCCGUGCUCAGGGGGCCCUCCGUCAUGAAGCGGCGCCGUGGCCCCUCCAAGGCUCCGGAGCAGGACCCCGGGCGCCCGGCGCGGACGGGCAGUGCCCAGUUCAUCCGCGAGCUGCGGGGCCGCACCUUCCCCAGCCUGGUUUUGAGGUGCUCAUCCCGGUUUCGGGGGGCUGACAAGGUGGUGCCGGUGCUGGACGUGGGGCGCCAGGCCGAGCUGCGCAUGCGCCUCGGGGAUUUCGUGGCGUACCUGGGGGGGCCCCGGCGCGAGCGCGUCCUGAGCGUCACCGGCCUGGAGUUCUCGGACACGCGGCUGUCGAACCUGGUGCAGACCCCCCGGAUCGUGCGGAAGCUCUCGUGGGUGGAGAACCUGUGGCCGGGGGAGUCGGCGCGGGAGCGGCCGAGCGUGCAGAAACUCUGCGUGCUGGGGGCCCGCGACAGCUACAGCGACUUCCACAUCGACUGCGGGGGCACCUCGGCCUGGCACCACGUGCUCAGG